GGGUGCAUUGAUUGCUGUUUUGUUCUCCAGAUAGAGAGAAAAAUUGCGGUGGAACUUAGGAAGAAGUAGAAGAAGCCAUGACAAGGUCUGUGUGUGAGUUCUUGUAUGAGCUCUACGCCAAGACAAUAGUCCUUGUAACAUACAUGCUAAUACAACUUAUCCUUAUCAUACGCUACCUUAAGUCAAACACACCUGCAAUAUCAACCACCCAAUACCUCAGUUUCAUCGAAGAGAAGAACCCCGCCAUUCGUUACACCACAAGACUCAAGGCAGAGCACAUAGACUGCAGAGUUUGUCUCUCUGAAUUCCAGGAAGGGGAGAAGGUCAGGAACCUCAACUGCAGACACACUUUUCACAAGGAUUGCUUGGACCAGUGGUUGCAGCAAUACUGUGCUACUUGCCCACUUUGCAGGCACAAGGUCUUGCCAGAUCAUGUUGUCGCCAACUACAACCUCCUUCAAAAUCAGGUACAAGAAGAAGAAGAAGACUACGAUGGCAAUGAUCACCAACUCAUCUUUUUCUUAUCUGCAUUAAGGGGUGGUAGCACUUGGCACACAUAUCUCUGAUCUGCUUUCAUAUACACUACCACUCAAAGGGAUUUGUUCUUCCUGCUCCUCCCCUUUUCGGUACUAUUCAUUCCUUCACAACAAUAUUCAUUCAUGCAUCCUUAGAUUUUUGUACCUUUUCCUCUUUCCAACAUCCAAGCUUAUAUAUAUAUAUAUAUAUAUAUAUAGUAAAAGAUAGACUCUAGCUACUUUCCCUGUUAAUCAGCAUAAGUCUUCCUUGUUUAACUCUGAAUUUCGGUUUGGUGCAUUUUGGAAACGGUUUUAGUUCGAUGCUGCAGAGUCCACAUCGGACAUACACCAAAAUGGAGAUGUAUUUCAAAAGCCUCUCUUUUUCUUUCUCAAGAGAUGACAGUGUUUCAAUUCAAAACAGAGAAAGCAAAAGCUUUGCACUUCAAAAGUUCUGAACAAAAGGGUCGAUGGUUGUUGUUGUUGUUGUAGUGAUUAGACACUUCACAUUAUAGGAAAAACCUUGUAACAGAACUUGUGUGAGAAAACUUGUUGGACCAAUAUCAAUCAUGAUACUGCUAACAAGUUUAGUUCAUAGUGUAGUAUAAUAAUAAUAAUAAUAAUAAACUGAAAAUAAAUACAAAAUGGAGACUGUGUUUGUUCCACUCAAGAUGGAGUAAAAAACCUUACAUGUUUCUCAAAGAGGUAAACUGUUGAGGUAAAUUGUUGAAGUGCAGGGAACAGUAGUAGUAGGAGUAGGAGUAGAUAGACAUUGAAAUGGUGCAAUAAUAAGUGGUAGGUGAAAAGGUUAAAUGAUUUGUUGAUGCAUAUGACGUAGAAGAGAAUUCUCAGAAGUGAGACAGAGCUAGCUUUAUCAUUAUGGGAAGAGUCCCCACAAGGCUGUGGUAGUCACAUGCAAGAGCACAGGAAUUAGCUGUCAGCACUCAUUCUAUCUUUUACCGUCGACAACUUCAUUAUUUCAAAGGUUUAUACAUAACAAUUCUACAACAUUUGAAGGUCAUAGAAAUUAUAGAAAGAGAGUUGACGUA